UGCUUUAAAAAGCUGAGCGCCCCCUGGCGGCGGAACUCUGAGAUUCAACAGCGUCACAUAAGCCGGUGUCCGUUCCAACACUCGGAGUGAAACUUGUCUGCGCUUCGGGAAAAGAAGCGAGGUUCGGGGGCUCGUCGCUUCAGACGCUUGUUGUUUUUUCCUUCUCCCAGAAGAGACAUGAGGCGGAAGGAAAAGAGGCUGCUGCAGUUCGCCGGGCUGCUCAUAGUGGCUCUCUUAUUCCUCCCUAACGUCGGUCUAUGGUCGCUGUACAGGGACCGAGUGUUCGACAACUCGCCCGACUCGGUGGACGGUCCGGGCGGCAUCCCUGCGAUUCAGGGGGUGAAUAGGGUGGGGAAGGACACCAGAGUGGGACGCGAUGGUGUACGACGGAAAGACUGGCAUGACUACGAGACGAUCAGAAGAGAUGCUGCUCGAUCUGGAAACGGUGAGCAGGGGAAGCCGUUCCCGCUGACGGAUGCUGACAGGGUGGAUCAGGCCUACAGGGAGAACGGCUUCAACAUCUACGUCAGCGACAGAAUCUCCCUGAAUCGCUCUGUCCCCGACAUACGGCAUCCCAACUGCAAAAAGAAGUUUUACUCAGAGAAACUGCCCAACACCAGCAUCAUCAUCCCGUUUCAUAACGAGGGCUGGUCAUCUCUGCUGAGGACCGUUCACAGCGUGCUCAACCGCUCUCCUCCAGAGCUGAUCGCAGAAAUCAUUCUUGUCGAUGACUUCAGCGAUAAAGAGCACCUCAAAGUGGCGCUAGAGGAGUACAUGGUACGCCUGCUGAAGGUUCGCAUCCUGAGGACGAAGAAGAGAGAGGGUCUGAUCAGGACUCGACUGCUGGGAGCCGCCGCCGCCACAGGGGAGGUCAUCACCUUCCUGGACUCUCACUGUGAGGCCAACGUCAACUGGCUGCCGCCUCUGCUGGACCGAAUCGCCCAGAACAGGAAGACCAUCGUCUGCCCGAUGAUAGACGUUAUCGACCAUGACAAUUUCGGCUAUGAAACGCAGGCAGGCGACGCCAUGCGAGGGGCUUUCGACUGGGAAAUGUACUACAAACGAAUUCCCAUCCCUCCGCAGCUGCAGAAAUACGACCAAAGUGAGCCGUUCGAGUCUCCGGUGAUGGCAGGUGGACUGUUUGCUGUGGACAGGAAGUGGUUCUGGGAGCUGGGAGGAUACGAUACUGGCCUGGAGAUCUGGGGAGGAGAACAGUACGAGAUUUCCUUCAAGGUGUGGAUGUGUGGCGGUCGGAUGGAGGACAUCCCCUGCUCCCGGGUGGGACAUAUCUACAGAAAAUACGUCCCAUAUAAGGUUCCAGGAGGCGUCAGCCUGGCCAGGAACCUGAAGCGUGUAGCAGAGGUGUGGAUGGAUGAGUACGCUGAGUUCAUCUACCAGCGCCGGCCCGAGUACCGCCACCUGUCGGCCGGAGACGUCACGACACAAAAGGAGCUGCGCAACAAACUCAACUGCAAAAACUUUAAGUGGUUCAUGAAUGAGGUGGCCUGGGAUCUGCCCAAACACUACCCGCCGGUGGAGCCCCCUGCUGCCGCGUGGGGAGAGGUCCGUAACGUGGCCAGUGGACUGUGCAUGGAGAGCAAACACUUUGUGUCCGGAAGUCCAAUACGCCUGGAGAACUGUGUGAAGGGCCGAGUUGAUGUUAGCUGGAGUCAUGGACAGGUGUUCACAUUUGGCUGGAGGGAAGACAUCCGGGUGGGUGACCCCAUGCACACCAAAAAGGUCUGCUUCGAUGCCAUUUCCCACCACAGUCCUGUCACGCUGUACGACUGCCACGGCAUGAGGGGGAACCAGUUGUGGCGCUAUAGGAAGGACAAAAGCCUCUAUCACCCCGUCAGCAACAGCUGUGUGGACAGCAACGCCAACGAGCGGCGGGUCUUCAUGAACACGUGUGACCCCUCGUCCCCCAGCCAACAGUGGCUGUUUGAGAGAACCAACAGCACAGUUCUGGAGAACUUCAACCGCGGUACAAACUGAGUCUGCUCACAGACUCUGGACCCAUGCAGUCUUGGAAUCGGCCGCCGACGUUGCUGCUACUGCUGUGACCAGGAGCUUUCCCAGUGGUCCUGGAGCUUGGGGGUGAAAGGGUGUUAUUUAUUUUUUUGCAAAGGUGCCAGAAAUAAAUCAAGGUGGGAUAUUGUAAAGAGGAGUUAAAGGAGAGCCUGAAAUUUAUUCUGAUUAAUGGUGUAAAAGUGACUUGGGGGUGUUGUGCUUUGGCAGCGGGUCUGUCUCACUUCCUGGUUUGUCUUUUGAGUUAUUACCCGAAAUUCCUCAUCAUUCCUUCUCCCUUUUAUCCCGUAUUUCGCCCUCCCUCCUGGUCCUCACGAUGUGCCUCUGCCCUUCCGUCCGUCUCAAUCUCCCUGCUUGACUGCACCUUUGCCCACCCUUUCCAUUCUCUCCCUUUUUAAAUCCCCUUAUGUCUCUCCGGCUCUGACAACCUCCCUGGGGGAGCUUCUGGGAGGGGAGGGAGGCGGCUUCGCGCUGAGCCAAAGUCAUCCUGACACCCGGUGAAGCCAGGCAGAACCACUCCGAGAAUCAGCCAGCAAAUGGGUUCUCCUCUACAUCUGCAGGCAGAGACACCAUGAGCAGAAUUGACAGAGAGACAGAGGGGACGAGACUGCCACCUUCUGCACACUCUCAGCUCGUUUUCCCCCUUUAUUCUCUGCCCUCCCAACGUGUCCUCAUGAGUCACUCUCAGAUUUGUCUCUGUGCAACGUUGGCCUUCUAUUUUCUUCAAACACGACUGCCGUCUGAUGUUGGGAUCUGUCCUGCUUGGUAACGAAGAACGUUGCACAUUUGUUCUUUUUUCUGCCUCUCGCCGAGUUCAAACCCAACGUUGAAACUUGGGAUGUAUUCCCCAUGCUCCCCCACAUGUAAACGUUUCUAAGCUGUCCUCUGCUGCUUCCCAGUUCAGUCACUGGAACGACCUCAUCACAGACGGCCAAGCGGCGGGUCUUGUUCUCUGGCUGUGUGAUGGACAGGCCCGCCGAUUCAUGGCAGGCUGGGGCCCGAUUGGCCGCCUGCCAUGCUGAUUCAUCACUUUGGCUGAAUUACUCCGGAUGGCCUCACCGAGCUAGCGCUGGGAUUCAGAUAAACUUGAAUGGAAAUCUUAGUGCCUUUCGUUGGAGUCCAGAAGGUUUUGUGUUCACAGCGACAGAGAGCGUUUCAGGCAGUCACAGUGGAGCUUUGGUGACUUUAAAGUGAAGCUAAAAUGACCUGCAGUGUAGUGAAGGCAGCGCUGUUUAUUCUUGACUCCUGUCAAGCUUUCGAAGUUAGUGCACUCCGAAAGCACAAGCCGAGAGAGGCUGUUUUUCCUACCAUAGUUUCUCCUGCCUUCAAAGGUUAACUGCAGCCUUUCUUAGAUCUUAAUCAUGGCAAGUUGCUGUGUUUCUGGUUCUUUUUUCUCUCCUCUGUUCAAUCCACAGUACUGUAUUGGUAAAGAGAAAGACCUGGUGGUGGUUAUUAACUCUUCUAAUGUCAGAUGUUUUUGUCUAUUAAUUUAUUUUUCUUUAUUUUCUGAGAUUCACCUUGAUUCUUUUCUUUGUUCUCGAUAAAGUUUCUGUUUUCCUUUUGGGUUUUUCUGGGAAGCUCAAGUGCUUUAUGUACAAACUAGAGAUGCAAGCUGAACAGAAUCUUUGUUGUUGUUGUUUGUUUGAUUUUUUUUUUUUUUUUUUUUUUGCUGGAUCUGUUCUGAUCAGGGAGGCUGAAAAAUAAAUUUUUAGUCCUGAUUUUCCUUUAAAGUGAAUUAAAAAUAAAAACUCACAAUUUUUAAUAUGUGAACACAUCAACCAAUCUGAAAAAAGGCUUUUACAGAUUUUUAUGAGAAAAAAGUGCUUUAUGCAGGAAAAUGCAUCUGCACUAUUUCAUACUUUUAUGGAGUGUUGUGAAGCAAACACUCAAGAAAAGGCUUUUAAUUCCUCUAAAAGACCUGUUGUGCUUCGCCAGCAUUUUACGGAGCAAACGUUCAAAAGAAGCAGUUUCAUAGCACAUGGUGGGCAGUCAGGCUGAAGGAAGUGGCUCACUUUCAUAUCAUUUACAAUUUAUCAUCCUUUCUUUGCUCAUUUACUGUGUUUUUGCAGUUCACUGAUAUUAUUAAGCAACAAUAAAUUUUUACUAUUUAAAAGUGAAACCCAACAAACGUAACCAUGCGAGCAAUGAAGUCUUUGUUUGCUAUGUAGCUUAUUGCUGGCAUUUGUUUUAAAUAACACUUCAAAAUAAUUAGAAUUAGAGUUUCUGCAAGUUACUAACUGUUUAGCACUUCUUUAAUACAACUCCAAAUUAUUAUGCAAGGAAUAUUUUCUUAAAUGAUCAAUGCAAAUGAUGGUGAGUACAAUUUUCAAGUCAUGAACUAUUAUAGUACAAAUCAAAAUUUAGUGAACAAAGCUCCCAAUGAGAACAGUAUUUUGUUAAAAUACAAAAAACUCAAAAUGCACUGUUCCAAAUUAUUAUGCACAGUAGAUUUUCUAAACAUUUUAUGGAUUAUAAAGAACUGCAAACGGCCAUUAUUUGAAUGUGCAGCAUUAAGUGGUCACAUGCACUAAAAUCAAAAGCUAUUUCAAUCAAAAAUAUUUGAACAGACAGUUACAUGUUAACAUAGGACCUUCUUUGAAAUCACCUGCACAAUAAUUGCAUCCAUUGAACUUGUGAGUUUGUGGAAAGUUUUUGCUUGAAUUUCUUCUCCAAAGGUUCUCAAUAGUGUUGAGGUCAGAGGACGAUGGUGACACACCAUGAGUUUCUCCCCUUUUAUGCCCAUAAUAGCCAAUGACAGUAGUAUUCCUUGCAGCGUGAGAUGGUUCAUUGUCAUGCAUAAAGAUGCAUGACAAUGCAUUUGCUACUGAAGGUAAGGCUCUUCUUUUUGAACCAUGACAAAGUGAUCAGUCAGAAAGUCCAUAUACUUUGCUGGGGUCAUUUUUACACCUUCAGGGACUCUGAAGGGGCCUACAAGCUCUCUCUCUUUCUCUCUUCCUCUUUCUCUCUCUCUCUCUCUCUCUCUUUUUCUCUCUCUCUGUCUCAACAUAAUUUUGACCCAAAGCAUGACUCCUUAGGGGCCCAAUAGUCGGUUGAUGCACCAUAAGCCUCUGGAGGUUUCUCCACCUUGGGGUUCCAGAGGCACCAGUAGCUUCAAAUAACUGUUUGCUGCUUUUAAGGGCUUUUUAACAGCCGCUCUCUUAAUAUAAUACAUUUGUCUAACAGAAACCUUUGUCAUUAUGCCUUUAUCUGUACAAACCCAUCUUUGUUCUGAAUCUCUUCACGGUACGAUAACUCUUCAGUUUUAGUUAAAUAUCUAAUGUUUUCAUACCUUGUCGUACGGACUACACUAUCUGAUGAUUUUCAUCAGCAGAGUUUCUUUCUCUUUCCCAUAUUGCUUUAGACCUGUGGCCUGCUUAAUAAUGUGGAACAUCAUUCUAAUGUAGAUUUCCUUUAAUUGAGCUAAACUCAUCAAGCAGCUCUCUGAAAUUAAUUAUCAUGAUUCAAAGAGCCCUGACACACAAUACCAUCUAUAAAUUUAAUAGCAAAUCAAAAAAAAUUAUCUUUAUGACACAUUAUAUCCAAUGUACAUAAUAAUUUGGAACAUGAUGUAAAACAUAUUCUUUACACCUUGAUGCAUCAUUAUUCAUAAGGUUAAAAAGUAGUCACCCAUUGUCUGACACGUUAGUACUAACAGUGUCUUAAUUGUAAUCAUAUUAAUAUAUUUUAAAGAAUCCACAGUAGGCAAAAAUGUAAGUUUUAGAGACGAUCGUUAGACAAACUGAAUUCUAAUUCAAAAGAUUGCAUUCAAUUGGUCAGUAUCAGACCACUGUCUUUUAAAAUGUAUGACUUGUGUCGAUUUCUUACAAAAAAAAAAAAAAAAUUCUAAAACAAUGUCCUCACCAAGUUUUCUAGCAUUUACGAAUUAGAAAUAAUUCUGGCAAUUCUAACUAAGAAGUCUCCUGUUCUGCAUUUCUGCAGAGUUGUAUUCAGUUAAUUUAUUACUAUUGUUAUUAUUGGUCUUUUGAACUCUUACACGUGUAAAUCUCUUUCCAUCUCUCCCCCCUGCCCAUCACUCAAUCUGUUCCAUAUGAUGAUUUUAAUAUUCCCCAGUACUUGACUCGCCUUGUGGUCCUUGAAUUAGUGCAACAAAAAACAUGCUUAUGUUCACUUAUAUUAGCUUCAUCUUAUGUUCAACGUCUUUUUUUGCAAAGUGAUGUACAAAGCUGUAUACAUUAUUUUGUUAGGUCUGUUAUGUCCCCUUUUUAACUUUUCCAUCCCUUCAAACAAGCUUCAACUGUUUCAAAGAUAUUUUAUCCUCUUUUCACUUUCAGCAGCCUCGUUUUUGCAAUGACUCGACUGCAGUUUUGCCAUUUAGUUCCAUGACUGGUUUUUGCAGCAUUGUAACCUGUUUUGUCCAGCAGCAAACUUUUGUUUUGUGUUUGUGAACUUUUCCACUCAGAUUUAAGGCAGGCAAUGAGUUUUUUUCUUUGUUCUCGUCUUACUCAAAUCUUUGAUGUGAUCUAGCAAUGUGGCUCAUUAUGCAGAGUGCCAAUUUGUAAGGAAUGGUACGAGUAUUUAAAAAAAAACAAACGAUCAGUUGUCCCAGAAAAGUUUUUUAUUGCAACUUGCAUAACCAGUUUCAUCAACCUGGCCAUCCUCCAAACAUGGAAUGAAAAUGUGGCUGUAGACUUGAAGAGGCUACUGAUGAUGAAGUUUGUAUUUAAAUUGCAGAUUUCUAUUUAUUCUGUUUGUAAAAGGAAUAUAGUGUGGAUUAAAUCAUCUUUGGUUCAAAAUGCAAUCUGCAUUGUCAAACCUUAGUGUUAUGUUUCUUUAUAUAAUCCUCAUUUUAUGUGUGAAAUGGAACAUAACAUGUUCAUGCUUUUUACUUGUAAUUGAGUAGUCCAUGAAAACAACAGAUAAAUUACAAAGCAUAUCCUUGAUUAUGUAAAAUCUCAGUUUUCAUUUGGGAAAUCUGAAAUGUAUUUGUCAAAAGAAAAAGGAGGUGGAGGACUCACCCAGGGCGCCAUUAACGCAGGAACCACAGCUGGAGAGAUGAUUUAACUGUGAGUCAUUUGACAUGCAAGUGAUAUUCUUUGAGGGUGUAUUCCCUUUUCUUUCAUAUCUUAAAAACAUAUAAUUAAGUGAUUUGCUCUUGCUGUUAGAACUUCACACCCAGUCUUAAGCUGCAGGCAGACAAACUUAAAUAAAUGCAGUGUGAGCAGCACAGCUUGACUGGAAACUCAGACAGUGAAGGAUUUAUAAGCUAAGGAUCUGGAUACUUACUCUCAGGUUUUGGUGCAGACACCCCAGUAACUAAUUUAAGGAUAAAAGUUGGACACAUUUGUUGACUUCCUCCUUCUAAACACGCCCCAAUCCCAUUUAUCCAUGCUGCUUUGAGUAAAGGCUCACUGAGUGAAGCUCUAUUGCCCAAUCUCUGAUUAACCACCAAAUCUCAUGCAAACCUCAUGCUAACAGCUACUGUUUGUGUUGCAUUAGUAAGAGUGUGUGACGGUCUGAGUUCUUUGAUACCAGGUUCAGAGGAUUGCUGAGGUUCAGUCUGAGACCAAAGCUGCAUUAGUUCCUGUAAAUGAAACUGCUGCAUCCUUUUUUGUUUACAGGUUUUAUUUGAGCCCUGAACUCUUUCUUUACACUUGUGAGGAGCAUUUUAAACAUGAAAUGGAUUCUUUUGGACCUUCGCUUGUCUAUUGACUUCCACUUUACUUUUAUUUUUCAUGUAUUUAGGUGAAAUACUUCAAACUAAUACAAUGCAACUGCAGAACUUCACCAUGACUCAGAAUAAAAGGAGUUUAAGUGCACAAAAUAUUUCCAGGCACUUUCGCAGUAAUUUCCAAGCAUUAGAGAGUAAACUCUGUCAUGAAUGUGCCAUUCAUCUGUAUUGUAACUUAUUAUUAUUAUUAUUAUUCUCUCCAGGAUGUCGAGUUUAGAGGAAAUUGGCAGAACGACUUGUUUUCUAGGAGUUUUUAAUGUGUCAGCCUGUCACAGCAUGUCACCUACAUGUGGGAAUUAUGUUGUGUACAUUUUGUAACUGGAAAAAAAAUCCCAUAUUUUUUCUACUGAGAUUAAAACUGUAAAACUGUAUUUAGGUAUUUAACAAACUGUGCAGAGCAACUGGAGAUGUAGGAUAUUUUGCUGAAACUGUAAAAUAAAAAGGUUUAUAUAUUUGG